AUGUCUAACGUCGCCGAAUUCCAGCCUCGUCGUGAUGAUAAAUUUGAGCUAGAAGAUAUCACGGAAACAGAGGAUGAUCGUCAUUCAGUUCAAUGGAAAGAUGGACAAUAUACAAGUCAGCGACCUAUUUCUACCAUUCCAAAUUCUGGCACUAGGCUUCGUCCCUCAAGUAGCGAGUCAGAUCAAUCUCGAGAAAGAAGUGACUAUGGAUCAGUUCCAGCAUACACUUCUUCUGGAAGUGCCGAGUGUAGUUUUCCCCGUUAUACGUCUCAUCAACCACGGUAUAGAAGACAACCGAACUCUGUACACAUCAGGCAACCAGGAGAACGGUCAUUUCUACCCACGGCUUAUGCUACACAACAUCAGUAUCGAACACCCUCUCCAUCACCGCCUCCACUGUCUCCACCACGUAUAAGAAUCAGCCGUCAACGUUCUCCCCCUUCGCCUACUUACUCAGUCUUCCGGAAUCAAAGUACUUUUACACCAGCCGCCAGAUAUCAAAUGGAUUCCGGCUUACCAUCUAUGCGCCACAGAAAUGCUUAUACGAGCACCGCGAGACCAGAUCAGUAUACUGGUGCUUGGGGGGCUCAAGUAACUGAGUUUAGAACAGCUGAAGGAAAUGAUGCGUACAGAAGGUUCUUGAGGAGCGAAGCCGGAAUGAUAUAA